AUGAGAAGGGAAGACCGAAGUGUUGCACAUAGUUUAUUUCAUAGAUCUGAGAAACGCCAAAGCACAUUAGCUACGUGUAGCACCAUUGGUGACGAGGCUUCAGCAUCUACUAGUAACAGCGCCAAGAGUGUUACUGAUGCUAAGACUGACACUGCCAAGAGGAAGAGUUCAAGAGGAAGCAAAAAGGAAGCUGAUGGAGAUAUGAAAGAAAAGGAAGUACAUACCAAGAAAAAGAUGAUAUCUGCUAGAACUCGUGAAGCUGCAACAAAGACGACUGAGAGUACUAGUGCGAACCAAGAAAACAAGAAGACUGAUAAUUGUAAAUCAAAAAAGGGUACUGAUAGUUCUAAAGAGAAAAAAGUGAAUAAUAGGUCAAAGUCAAAAGCAAAGGUUUCUGCUGCUUCUUCUGUACCUUCUGAAGCUGAGAUUUGUAUGAAAUCCUCUAUUGAUGGUUCUGGUAUUGAGAAAAAGCCACUGGUGCCAUUGUAUCCUCCCAGAGCCAAAUCAGUUGUGGUUGUGGAAUCAGCCACGAAAGCAAAAGUCAUUCAGAAUUACCUUGGGGACAUGUAUGAAGUGUUACCAAGCUAUGGUCAUGUGAGAGAUUUAGCAGGUAGAUCAAAAUCUGUCCGCCCUGAUGAUGACUUCAGCAUGGUCUGGGAGGUGCCUGCUGCUGCCUGGACACACCUUAAGAGCGUUAAAGUUGCACUGAAAGGGUAUGUUUUUCGUAGCGUGUAG